AUGGCCAUUGAAAAUGAUUUACCCUCAGUAAAACCACCAUCAACUGUUUUUGUAUCGUCUUCUUCUUCAUCAACAUCAUCAUCAUUAUCACCAUUCAUUAGACAAGGACGUCUUGUACAAGUAGGAACAAAUAAUAGUGCAGCAUUUAUACAAUUUCCGACUAAUGCUCGUCAAUCAUCUCCAUUUAUUCCAAUUAGUCGUCCUAGAGCAAGUCAUUCUUUAACACGUCAAUCUUCAUCUACAGUCGAUACUCAAUCAUUAUCAAAUCAAUCAAAAUCUUCAACACAUGCUACAACAUCUAGUAUUGCAAGUGGUGAUCAUAAACGUGGUCAUUUUGAACAACGAAUAAAUCCUAUUUUAAACAAUCCUUUUUUAAAUCAUCGAAAAGAACAACAAAAAUAUCCUCCAAUAAAAACUUCAAAUGAACAUUGUCUAUCAUCAAAAUUAUUAUCAAAUAAUACUCAAAUAUCAACUAAUUGUGCAAGUACAGUUCUUCCUAUUGUUCAUCAACAAGAAACUAAUAUCAAUUUAUCUGAUAGAUUAAUCAUUUUGAAUGAUAAUAAAACUCGUGAACAACAAAUGCAAUAUGUCAAUGAAAAUAAAUAUGAUUAUAUCACUCGUUGGUUAAAUGCAGUCCGAGCAGCAACAUAUUCUAAUGAAACUAUUCGAUCGGAAUCAAAACGUACAAAACGACGAGUUUUAUCGUCAUAA